UAGUUACCAGCAGGAUCUGCCUGACAAGCAAGACUCUGGGCAUACUCGUUGACGCAUGCGCUCUGGGUCCAAACAUUCAACAACAACAGCGCGAAAAUGCAGUGGUCACUGUUAAAGUCAUUUCUGACAUAUUAAUAUCAACUAAGCCGAAGGUGGUUAGCCGCAUUUAGCUAGCCGUUUCUGCGUGGCUAACAACAUGAAGCCUACAAGAGGCUCCGCUCGGCUCCCCACUCAGGCUCCCAAAAAGAAAACCAGAAAGACACAAGAAAAGGCAGCAGGAUCUGCGACGGACGAGGACCAGGAGCCAAGUGACAAAGACAAGACCACCCACUCAAAACCACCCAAGGGGAGAAAAAAGGCUGCAGGGGGUUCCUCCUCGGUGUCAAAGAAAAGGAAAGUGCAGGGCAGCUGGGGACCGAUGCCUGGCUCUACCAUCACUGCUGUGGAGAACAUACUGGACUUAGUCAUACUAGAAACACUGGCUUUGAAGCGGACGAAGAAGGAAGAGACCCAGAAACACCUAAACGUCAUUAAAAACAGGUUUUUAGGGGACUGUGUGCAUCUUAAAGUUCCACUGCAGAAACAGAACGAUUUGGUUUAUUCGUCACAACACCACCAGGAGGAGGUGAAGAAGUCUGAGAUGAGAAAGUCGACGCUGGACUCCCUGGAGGAAAACUUGAAGGCUGUUGGCAGCAAGCUGGAAAGGGCCGAGGAGCAGAUCGUGUCUCUGCAGCAGACAUGUUCAACGCUGAGACAUGAGUUGGAAGAAGAAGAAGAAAAAGCAAAACAGAUUUUACAAAUGAGAGACCGUGGUGUUCUCAAGCUUUCGUCUUUCCCGUCACAUAAAGAGGAAACCACAUUAAAAUCCCGUUUAUGGAAAAUCAUCCCAGAGUGUGACUGUGAGACCAUGGCUCGGAAACUGGGCGCCGCUCUGCAGCAGCCGGCGUCUACCCAGGAGGCCCAGGAUCUACUUCUACAGGCACAGAAACAUGCCGAUCAGCUCUUCCCCACCCUGAACCUCUGCAUAUCUGAUUAAGAUGGAGUAGAAAUGAAUUUUUUGUCCUUCAGGCUUAUUAAUGCAAAAAAGAAUUUCCAUUUUUUUCUUUUAUAUAGAGGAGUAGGACUGUAUUUGCUUUCAGAGACAUUUUGCACCUUUACGGAAAAAAGGAUUUCCAAUUUUGUAGUUCAGUUUUGCUUAUAGUUCAGCAGGACAUUUUGAUACAUCAAAAUUAUAUUUUAGCUAUUUUUUAAACGGGUUAUUAUAUGUAUUAUUCUUUAGUCUGUCAAGCUAUGUGCUAUUUUUAAAGAAAGACUCACUUGCGCUUAUAAUUGUUAAUUUGUGAAGGAAAAAUAAACAGAAGUCAAAUUAGUGAA